UCAGCUGCGUAAUUUGGCGGGAAGUGAUUUCUUGUUCGUUUCGUAUUGUAGUUGUUUGUUAUACGUACGUGAUAAACAUUUUGUCAACAUGGGUAUUUUAGGCUUAUCAAAGUUAAUAGCGGACGUAGUUCCGCAAGCUAUCAGAGAACGAGAAUUAAAACAUUAUUUCGGACGCAAAAUAGCCAUUGAUGCAUCUAUGUGUUUGUAUCAGUUUCUCAUAGCUGUGCGCAGUGAAGGGGCUCAACUCACUACUGUAGACGGUGAAACAACCAGCCAUUUAAUGGGCAUGUUUUAUCGUACUAUACGCUUAAUGGAGCAAGGAAUAAAACCUAUAUAUGUGUUUGAUGGGAAACCACCAAAUCUGAAAGGUGGAGAAUUAGCCAAAAGAGCUGAGAGAAGAGAUGAAGCACAGAAACUCCUGCAAGCUGCUGAAGAGGACGGCAAUGUGGAAGCAAUAGACAAAUUUAAUAGAAGAUUGGUUAAAGUUACAAAAACUCAUGCUGAUGAAGCUAAAGAAUUGCUCCAAUUAAUGGGUAUACCUUAUAUUGAUGCGCCUUGCGAAGCCGAAGCACAAUGUGCAGCUUUGGUAAAAGCUGAUAAAGUCUUUGCCACUGCCACAGAAGAUAUGGACGCACUUACCUUCGGCUGCAACGUGUUGCUUCGACGUUUAACUUUUAGCGAAGCCAGAAAGCUGCCUGUACAAGAAAUUCAUUUUGACAAAGUUCUUGAAGGUUUAGAAUUAAAUCACAAUGAGUUUAUCGAUCUCUGUAUCAUGCUGGGUUGUGAUUACACUGGCAGUAUCAAAGGUGUUGGUCCAAAGAGAGCAAUAGAAUUGAUAAAGAAUUACAGGUCCUUGGAGAAAAUUAUCGAAAAUCUAGACACCAAGAAAUAUCCCAUACCUGACGAUUGGAACUACAAAGAUGCGAGAUUAUUGUUUCAGGAACCGGAAGUAUCCAACGUGGAUGAUAUUCAAUUAAAAUGGUCCGAUCCAGACGAGGAAGGUCUGGUAAAGUUUUUAUGCGGUGACAAACAAUUUAACGAGGAACGAGUCAGAAGUGGAGCUAAGAAACUUCACAAGGCUCGACAUACGUCCACACAAGGCCGAUUAGAUUCGUUCUUCAAAGUUUUGCCAAAUUCAACUCCGAGUCCAAAGCGAAAGGUGGAAGAAAAAAAAAAGCCAGCUGCCAAAAAAGCAAAGACGGCAGGCAACAGUAAAUUUCGAGGUAAAGCAAAGUAGAGUAACGAGUCAAAAUUUUCUAAUCAUAACUUUAUAAUACUAUCGAACAUAUAAGUGUGGCGCAUGUGCGUAUAUUUUCGUGCUUAUCCUUGAUCGAGAAUCUCUUAUCUCAUUGGUAAUUGUAUACUGCAUUUUUACUUAUGUACAUACUUUCACAAUUAUAGUCUCGUCGAAAAAAUUUUUCUCUAUUUAUUUGAAGUAAAAUAUAUAUUAUAUCAUGUACAACAUUUUUUCUCAAUAUGCUA